CUGCUAUACAUAUGAAGCACAGUUUAAGCCCAAUACAACUGACCAAUCAAAAUUAGUGAAUGCACUGCAUCUCUCUGCAGUGGAGAGAAGCGACAAGGUAGGCUGUCAUUCUGCAAAAGCUGCCCAGAAAGGCUUUCCUCUGAAAAGCAGUGCAGUUCCUUUUUAGAAAGACUGAAUCUAAUGUUGUCUCUGGAGACAUGAAGCCUUCAGUAUGUUAAAUUACUUUCAUUAUGUAUUUUCAGAUGCUUAUUGAUUACACAGUAGGAAGAGUGAGAGACAGCAGCAGCCUCUAAGCAGUACUACAUGUUCUAUACAUUAGCAGUACUGCUGAAACAAUGGCACAGUACAGACACAUAUUUUCAUUAAGGUCAUUUUUGAAGAGAUGUUUAUGACCCUCUUCCCCCAGUCCUCUACUAACAAGUGAACAAAAUGAAUCAAUCAAAACUGGAAACGCUUCAACUACAUCAAGAAUUUAUCAAAUCUUUAGCAGAGGUAAGAUGUGUUCCUUAUUAUAGUAUACAGCUGCUUUUGAAUCAGCAUAGUGGGGUAAAAUUACUUUGAAAAUUUGCAGCCUAAAUUGUAUGAGUUACUUUGUUUAAUUCUACUUACUGCUAAACAUGCAUUUUUUAGAUCUAUUUCUUUUAAGACAUGAUAUAUUUUAAAUGUCAUUUUUUAGGAUGCAUUGUUAAAUACAAAGAACAUUCUUUGUUAAUUCACUAUGAAGACAUCAGUUUUAAAUCAUUUCAGACAUACUAAAUAUUCUUAAUGUUUCUCAAGUGUUAAAAAAAUGCCUAUAUUUCUUGAAAAAAUCAGGUUUACUACAUUGUUAUUAUUUAUUACUUAGUUUUCAAAUAAGUUUAUUAUUGGGCAUGUUCAUUGAAAAUUAUUCAAUUUGUAGUUACAUUUUUGUAUUGUCUUUUACAUUUCAACCACAUGAACAAUCAAUGGAAAUUUAUAGUAUCUUAUCAUGGAAUCUGUUUUAAUCAGUUAAAAUUCAAACCAUAUGCUAAUAAUUAAGCUAUAAUAUUCUUACAGCAGGAAAUGCUGUUAAAUUUAUUACAAAGACAAGAGGGAAUGACAGUAUGUUUACUGUAUGCUAAUUGCUAAUAAUCUCUGAAAAUACAGGUUAACUUCUAAAAUGAGAGCAGAAAUUAGUUUAAAAAAUACAGCUUUUCUCACAUGGUUAUAGUUGUAAUGUUAACUCUGUUCUUUGGUAAGAUUAUAUGCACAAUCUUUGUUAGGAAAAAGAAGUAUUUUCUUUAAGGAAAUCUUUAAUUUUAUGCCUAUGGUUCUGGCUCUAAUAAUACAGCUUGCUUACUGUGAUAACAAACUCUAUAUGGUUUUAAAAUAAAAUUAAAGUAACUUUCAAUUAAUUAGAAAUUAUUAGGUACCUUAUUUCUUAACCUUUUCAUUUUCUUUUUCACAGGGGCCCACAGCAGCUAAUUCAGUAUUUACAACUGACAUUAUGAAGAAUGCAACUGACCGAGCAUCUCCCUAGCUGUCUGAGCCACGAACUGCAAGAUAUUCUUUGAAGGAUGAGAUUUUAAGACAUUAAGGAGUUAAAACCAGGGAAGAGAUCUACAUUACUGCUGGAAUAUAACAAAUCAAUGGUAUCCUAAGAAGAUACUAGAUAAAACAGCCACAAAAAGAAAAACAAUAUAACUGUAAAAGCCUGAAAACAAAAUGGUGAGCAUUUUUAAAGGUUAACAUACCAGAAUUAUGGAAGCUACUGAUUCUUGAAGAAACAUGAAAUAUGAAUUUCCAAAAGGAGAAUGUACAUACUUUACCAACAAGCUAAAUGAAGCUUUAGCAAAUGUUUUCUGCACUAUUCAGAAAUUUGUAUCAAUUGAUAAGACUAAUGGAUUUUUUCCAUCUGAGUUUUAUGGCCAACUAUGUAUCCUCUUCUAAUGAAAACAAACCAAAUUAAAUAGCAGGUGGUUUUUAUCAAAAGAACAUGGACUGGAUUUAUCAUAUAAAGCAAGUUACAUGAUCAAGAAAUCAUUUCAAAAUAAUGAGGACUGCUAUUUACAGUUGUAAUUUAUGAAAGGAUGUCUAAAUACAUUUUAGAAGCUAAAAACCUUAUGUUUCCUUUUUGGUUUUCACAUAUCCUGGAAUAUAAAGAGACACUAUCAUAUAUUCCUUCAAAGAGAAACAUAAUUCCUAUCAUUUGAGGAGGUUUUCUUUGGUCAUGACUUUUUAAAGCAAAACAAACCCAAGUAUUAUGUACUGGUCUUUAGAAAUGCAUCAGCCAACUAAAUCUCACAAUUCAUGCAGUUGAAGUAUUGGAGAGAAAAAUGAAAGAAUUCCUACAAGACAUGAAAUAAAAUCAGCUACUUCACUGUUGUCAGGUGAAAAUUGAUGUCAAAAAUCUGGCAAUGGCAUCACGUACCAAUUCGUGAAAAACUGCCAUAGUGAGCCAAAAGGCCCAUAAGGCAACAGCAAACAGGUAGGUCAGAAGAUGCAUGCACCCUACCACACUGUUUAACAUUUACAAAAGAAAAGAGCUUUUCUCUAGAGGAAAUGCAUUUUUCUUAAUUACCAUGUAAUUUGACAUUUCUGCUUUAUUUAAUUGUAAAUCUAACCGAUACGACAAAGACCUGAUGUUUAAUCUGUCAGUUCAGAAUAUUUGGCAAACUUAAAAUUUUCCAUUUUUAUAGGCUUUCGGUUUAGCUAAAACCAUCACUUACUUGAAUAAAUAUGCCUCUAGUAAUGCUUUAUACUAUGCUCAAAAAGAUUAAUAACAUUAUCAUUUGUGUUUCUGAAAUAUUAAUCCCCCAAAAAAUGUAUAAAUACAAUUCUAUCCUAAAAUUUGUCAAAGGUUGUAAACCAGUAAAAGGUUAACAUGAAAUUUGAAAAUUAGCUUUUAUAAUAUAUAUUUGAGUAUGAAUUUGCAAUUGAAAUGCUGUACUUGAAAUGUGAAAUAUAGUUGGUUGUAUGACUUCGUAUUUCAAGCUGAACAUACUGAUUACUGACAUUUUAAUCGAGAAGCAGACAUUAUUUUUACAAAUUAUGCUAAACCCCUAUAUAUUAAAAUACAGAUUUGCAUCAAUGAGCUAAAGAGUUUCUUUUUUUAAUUUUCCUAAAAAUUAUACACUGGGUAAUUUAUACAAGGGUUUCACAAGUAAUGUGUAACUUAAAAAGCUUCCUCAAAAAAUGGACUUCAGAUACUCCUAUUCCCUACAAUUUCAUUUCUUACUUUAAAAACUGUUUAAAGAAAUAAAAUUAACUGAUAUAUUCUGUUAAACUACUUUUAAAAAAAAAAGCUAUUUCUCAAUAUAAUAUUAAAUUUCAAUUUUAUCCUUCCACAAAAUAUAAGAGGGUGUGGUCACAAAAAUAAAAUCAUUCAUAACAUGAUUACUGCUCCUUUUCCAAGCUUUGUGGCUUCUUUUUACUUUAACAUAAUUUCCCUUUUCUUCCAAUUUUUAUAAGUUUACCAAGUAUAAAAUUCAAUGAGCAUUUUAACUGCCAUAUAUGAACUACUCAUUAUUUGCCUACGUCUGUGGGAAAUAACUACAAACAUACACCAAGCAUGUUGUUGAGUUCUGAAUAUGAAUUUCAAUGAAGAACAUGGACAAAUUAGCUUAAAACAAACUGGUGCUCUGUACCAUCUAUCAGUUUAAAUAAACACUUGUCCUGUUCAUUUGAAAUCUCACAGGAAUAAUUACACCUACACUAAUUAUGCUAGAGCAUAUUAAAAUAGCAUUUAUUUCCCACCUACUCACAACAUUUUAAAAUGAAAUUUUAAAACACUUGGGUUAAUAUUACUUUUGCAUACUGGGUAGUUUUAUUAUACAAAAAUAUACUUUGCCUCAAAUAGUAAGUUUGAAGAACCCAAAUAAGGAAACCCUUUUUAAUACACUAAAUAAUUUUGCAUUACAUGGGAAUAAUCCCCACACAGAUAUUUCUUCAAAGAUAAAACCCAAUUUCCUUUUACAGCAAAACAGUACAAUCUUGGUGUUUCUUUCAUAGUUACAAACUUAAAAAUUAAACUUGCUGCUGUUAGGUACACAAUAAAAAAGAUUUUACAAAGAACACAUGUUUUAUACAAGUCAUUUAAAUUGCCAAAUAUCAAAUAGUUUAUUCUAUUUCACUUUCUAGGAAAAACACCAACUGCUCCAAAAGAAUGUGUUUUUCUCCCAUUCUGGAAGUCAACAUGCAGUCUGAAUCUAACAUUACAGUACGAGAUGACAUUGAUGACAUCAAUACCAAUAUGUACCAACCACUAUCAUAUCCAUUAAGCUUUCAAGUGUCUCUCACCGGAUUUCUUAUGUUAGAAAUUGUGUUGGGACUCGGCAGCAACCUCACCGUAUUGGUACUUUACUGCAUGAAAUCCAACUUAAUCAACUCUGUCAGUAACAUUAUUACAAUGAAUCUUCAUGUACUUGAUGUAAUAAUUUGCAUGGGAUGUAUUCCUCUAACUAUAGUUAUCCUUCUGCUUUCACUGGAGAGUAACACUGCUCUCAUCUGCUGUUUCCAUGAGGCUUGUGUAUCUUUUGCAAGCGUCUCAACAGCAAUCAACGUUUUUGCUAUCACUUUGGACAGAUAUGACAUCUCUGUAAAACCUGCAAACCGAAUUCUGACAAUGGGCAGAGCUGUAAUGUUAAUGAUAUCCAUAUGGAUUUUUUCAUUUUUCUCAUUCCUGAUUCCCUUAAUUGAGGUAAAUUUUUUCAGUCUUCAAAGUGGAAAUACAUGGGAAAAUAAGACACUUUUGUGUGUCAGUACAAAUGAAUACUACACUGAACUGGGAAUGUAUUAUCAUCUGCUAGUACAGAUCCCAAUAUUCUUUUUCACUGUCAUAGUAAUGUUAAUCACAUACACCAAAAUACUUCAGGCUCUUAAUAUUCGAAUAGGCACAAGAUUUUCAACAGGGCAGAAGAAGAAAGCAAGAAAGAAAAAGACAAUUUCUCUAACCACGCAACCGGAGACUACAGACAUGUCCCAAAGCAGUGGUGGGAGAAAUGUAGUCUUUGGUGUAAGAACUUCAGUUUCUGUAAUAAUUGCCCUGCGGCGAGCUGUGAAACGACACCGUGAACGACGAGAAAGGCAAAAAAGAGUCUUCAGAAUGUCUUUACUGAUUAUUUCUACAUUUCUUCUCUGCUGGACACCAAUUUCUGUUUUAAAUACCACCAUUUUAUGUUUAGGCCCAAGUGACCUUUUGGUAAAAUUAAGAUUGUGUUUUCUAGUUAUGGCUUAUGGAACAACUAUAUUUCACCCUCUGUUAUACGCAUUCACUAGACAAAAAUUUCAAAAGGUCUUGAAAAGUAAAAUGAAAAAGCGAGUUGUUUCUAUAGUGGAAGCUGAUCCCAUGCCUAAUAAUGCUGUAAUACAUAACUCAUGGAUAGAUCCUAAAAGGAACAAAAAAAUUACCUUUGAAGAUAGUGAAAUCAGAGAAAAAUGUUUAGUACCUCAGGUUGUCACAGACUAGAGCAAAGUCUAAGUUUCACCAAAAUUACAUUCAGAUGAGUUUUAAAUUAAAAUUGUAAAAAAUAAAAUUACUGCCAAAUACAAGAAAAAAGUUUUUUAAGUAUUGGUUAUGUUGUAAAUUUUCAAUGUAAAUGUCAAUUAGAUUAGGUCAUAUAUAUUCAAUUUCUUCAUUACUUAAUGUAUUUGUUGCAUGGCAGUUUGUUGAAAUAACAUCAUGUGUAUAUUUUGUCAAUAUUAUGUCCAUCAGAAGAUAUUAAUGUAAGUCAUAUUUUCUAAAGAAUAAAUACAUAGCCUUAAAAUAGCAUACAACUUUAAAAUGUAACUGAUACAGGUAUCCCUGAUUUUUUUUUAUAAAGUGCAUUGUUUCUAACAUACUAACUACAGAUAUAUUUAUAUGAUGACAACUGAAAUUGCAUUUUAAUAUAAAAAUGAAAAUUAUAGGCUUAAAACAAUCCAGGAUUUUCUGUACCACUACAUUAUGUUUUCUGAUACAGUCUACUUGCUAUAUUUGACACAUCAAAAAAAAAUUAACUAUGUAUGAAGCAUAUAUUUUCUGAAUGUAGAAAGUUGUAGGAUUUAUCAGAAUUUAAAAUUCAAGAAACAGAAAAUAAACAACCCUGUUGAUGCAUACCAAAGAUAGGGAAAAUUUUAAAUCAAGUUUACUAUGAAAAAAAAGUUUGAUUUUCUAAGAUCAAGGGCACUAUGCCUAUGAUAUACAAAUAAACCAACAAUAAAGAGAAGGAAGAAAACUAAACAAGUCUCUUUCUUCCUUUCUCACUUUGCUUCAGUCGAAGCCAAAUGGUCUGGGUUAAUACAGUACACUAGUAAAAACUGGUGCAUUAAAAUGAACAGAUUUCCCAACUUUAUCCAACUCAGCCUUUUGUAAAAUAGAAAAUAACUAUCUAUAACUGAAUGCCAAGGAAAAUAAAAAACAAAACAAACAAAAAAGACUGUAUCAUUGGACAAAAACCUAACAAAGCCAACUGCUUCUAAUUUUAGAUAUAUAGCAACUUUAGAGUAAUACAAUUUACACAACAUUCGUACACUACCAUAAUUUCCGAAGUGCUUCAGAAUAUAGUAGUUCUAUUUCCACUCUGAAAAUCAAUUUUCAUUCUGAAAAUCAAUAAAUCUUGUCACUUUUUCUAUUCUACACCACUUAAUUUAACUUUAAACAUUUUCUCUCCAAUCCUAAAAUCAUGUUGGAAAAUUAUAAAAUAACUAAUCCUAACUACAGAUUCUCAGGAUUAGGAAUCGCAUAUAAAACAAAUAUUCCAAUUGUUAUAAUCUAAUAACCUAUCAAUGAGUGCUAAUGUCACUAUAUCAGAGCAUUAGCAAUAAGUUGCUCAAAACAAAUACUUGCUACGCAAAAAUUGGGUUAACUUGACUACUUGUAUUCUAUUUUUUAACAUUGUAGUCACUAAAUCAAAUAGCAACUCAGUUUUAGAUGAAUAAAAAUUUUAUGUCAAACAACACAAUAAUAUAUUAUUUAAUGCAAAUGAAUGAGAUUCAUCCAAUCUCAUUUACUAAAUACCCUAAAUCCCUGAGGAAGUAAGCAUGAUGCAAUAGCUUGAUUCCACUGAGGUUACACAGCAAAUUAAGUAGUGAUUUAUUUCUGAUAAUGUUAACAAAAAUCUCAAAUCUUUGCAAAGCCCCAGUUUUCUUCUGCCGUAUUUUCUACUGUUCUACAGAAUUAAAGAAUUGCUUCAGCUUGACAAAAUGUAGCGUACAGCCAGCAAAACUUAUUUUUUGAAACUCUGAAGAGAAAUUAAGACCUCAUAAAUAAAGAGAUUAAGAAAAUUUUUAUUUGAUAAAUACAUUUGGCACAGAGUAUCUCCUAAUAUCCUCAUUAAAAAUUUUAAAGAGGCAAUUUUAAACUUGGAUCCCCAAGCAUAAAAUGAAAAUUUUUCAUAUUUUGUUUUAUAUAAAUCUUAAUAAAAAUUAGACUUUUUAUCAUUAAUAUUAAUGUCUUUACUCAUGUUUUAAUUAUUUUUAAUCUUCAAGUCUAUAAGCAUGCCAAAGAAUUCAGUUUAAAAACAUAGAUUGCUAAUAUAUUUACCUAACUGCUUUCAUGCCCUCUGUGAUAAGAAAUCUAACAAAAUAAGAAAUAAAUGGCAAUUAUUAUAAUGUUGCUCUCUAAACUACUACAUUUCUACAUUUGACAUUGGAACAGACAAUUAACAAGUAUUUUCACCCACCUGUAAUGAUCUUCCCAGGAACCCUGAUGGCACAAUGGUUAAAGCACUCGGCUGCUAACCAAAAGGUCAGUGGGUCAAACCACACCAGCAGCUCCUCGGGAGAAAGAUGUAGUAGUUGGCUUCCAUAAAGAUUACAGCUUUGGAAACCUCAUGGGGCAGUUCUACUCCAUCCUAUAGGGUCACUAUGAGUUGUGACUCGACAGGCAAUGGGUAAUGAAUGAUCUUUCAGGCAUAUAAAAAUACAAUCAUUGAUUUACCACAAAGAAAAUUUAUACUUAUCAGAAAACUUUUAAUAGCUUUUUAAUACGUUAAAUAGUACAUAAUAUGUAAACCAAAAUAAUAUUUGUGUUAAAAACUCCGUUUUUUAAAAACAAGUCACAAAUAUGUUUGCAAUUACUGACCUGUUUAAAACAGAGAAUGAGAGAAGCUUAGACAAUUUUUCUUUUUUAUUAAAUGUUAGUUCUAUGAAAAGGUGAGUUACUUUUAUUUUCCUCAUGAUGGCCUUUGUGACAAUGUGUCAAUUUUUCACUUUAUUUCAAAGAAUUUUACCAGAAAAAAGCAUAAUUGCUCAUUUUUCCUGUUAAAAUGAAAAUUGAAAAUAUAAAAGCCAUAGAGGCAGCAAUAAACUCCUUGACAUGGGAUCCUUCCAAAAACUCAGUAUUGUUCUACCCAUAUGCUACAGCUCAUAGAUAAAGAUAUGAAUUUCUAUAUAGUUAACUGAGUCAGUCCUUCAAUAAGAACAGAAAUAAGAACUGCUAUUUUAAAAACUACUCAAAGAUGAGCUCAACAAAGUAUGGAAAUUUUUGUUUACUUUUUCGUUCUGUUUAUUAAUUUAAGGGGAUUAAUUAUUCUAUCAACUACUAUCCAAUGGAUGUUUAAACUUAUUAUAAAAAUUGAAUCAUUUACAAUUAUGCCUUUUAAUAAAAUGCCAUUCAUAAUAAUUCUGUACUUCUUUCCAUUGGUAAAUCCAUUUUUAAGUAUGUGGUCUAUUUUUUCAUCCCCCAAAUAAAAUUAUAACAAAAUCUCAGUUCUUUGGACAUUAAAAAUCAGACUCUUCUUUUAACUAAGAUUAGAUUUAAAGGUGAAAACCUAAAAUUAUAAGAAAGCAGCCCAUUACUAGAGUUUUAUUCCACAAAGAAAUUUCAAAGCUACUUUCCAAAGUCAGUAUACUUCCAGUUUUACUGUAUUUUAUGAUUAAACAAUUAAGUAAGCUUUGUAAUUUAAUUAACAUUUGAAUUCUUACAAUAUAGAAGGCAUUAUGUAAGAUACUUUAAACUACUUAAAAUAGAGUCAUUACCCUAAAGAGCUUAAAAACUAGAAUAAAGGUAUCUUAAAAGUAUGGCAAUGUCUGUAAGAGAAAGUAGAAUGUGGUAAAUUAAAAGAGUAAAACUAUUAAGAGAUUUAAGAAGAAAGGGAUUAUGUUAGAUUCGAAAACACCAUAAACAAAGCAUUGUUGAGGGCAGCUACUACAAUAUAUUCUGGGAGCAGCAAAUUACUCUCUUUAGAAGGAAAGUAAUAUAGAAGUGAGAAAUUGAUGCAGAAAGUUAAUUGGUGCCAUAAGGUAGAAGGCCUUAAAUGUCAGACUGAGAAAUUGGAGCAAGGAAGUAAUGUGAUUAGAAAUGAGCUUUAGAAAAAUUAGUAGAACAGGAAACUGUAGAAAGAAUUGGUUGGGUAAGACACAGAAGAUAGGAGGCUAUUGCCAUAAUCUUGAUAGGUACUGAAAGGCAUGGCAAAACGUGAUGGCAAUAACUCGGCAAAGACUACAUUGAAACAGGCAAUGUGAAAGCAGAAUCAGUAGGGUUUGCCAAAUGACUAGAAGGACACUGGUGUAAGGACUAAAGAAUCAAAAAUAAUGACUAUAAGAAGGACCAUAAGAAAUCAGAUUAUCACCAAUGAUCUAAGAGUUAUUUAAUUAUGUUUUGCAUAAACUACAUGGAUAUUGAGGGCAAAAACAAAAAAUAAUUUUUGGCAAAGCAGAAAACUUAAGUAGAAAAAAAUAACACUAUUCAUGAACGUUCUAGUUAUUAAAACUGUAUUCAAAAUGAACAUUUCAAAUUGUUGCUUUAAAUUAUCUACUUUAUAUAUAGCAUGUUGGUUUGUUCAGUUUUUCCAUUACACAUAAAUAUUUUCUUCCAAUAAUUUAUUUAAUUACAAAGAAUUAUAAACAUCUAAUGGAAAAAUGCCAGGGUAUAUAAAGUAAAAACUGCAAAUAUCAUCCUUCCCUUCUUUUUUACUCUUAAUAACUUAUUAAGAACAUCCACCCAAGUCAUUAUUUAUAUAUACAGGCAGUCCCUGGAUUAUGAACAAGUUCUACUCCUAAGUCUGUCUUUAAGUCGAAUUUGUACAUAUAAAGUCGGAACAGUUAGGUACAGCUCAUAUCUAA